GGAGGCGCUAGGGCCUUGCGGAUGGGUCGACUCGUGCAGGGGAGGGAACGAGCGAGGGAGGAAGGAGGGGGCUGGGGCUAGGGCAGGAGGCGGCGGCGGCGGUGGGAGAGGCGCCGGAGCUGCCUCCAUCCAUGGCACGGAGCGGCGGCGGCGGCGGCGGCGGCAGGAGCCCAGCCCAAUCCGUUAGAUCCCAGUGGAGUGCGCAGCGGGCGAGUGCCACCGAGGGGAUCAGCCCGGCGGGGCGCAGUGGCCGCUCCAGUGCGAUCAGCCCCAGCCCGAGCCCCUCUGACAGCCGCGUCCUCCCCUCCGGGGCGCGCCGGCAGGGGCCCGGAGCUCGCCGGACAUGCCCCGUGGGCGCGACGGCGGGGACCCCCGGGCUCUCCUCCGCCUAGGGCUCCCCGCCCGGCCCAUGGGAGCCCCCGGCCCCAGCUAAGCCGUCGCCCCAAAGCCCGUGUCCGCGCCCGCUUCUGGUUGUACCCCAGUGCCAGCGCUGUCCGUCCCCGCGAGGGACGAUGGGCUGAUGGGCGCCGGGGGCCGCAGGAUGCGAGGGGCGGCCGCCGUACUGCUGCUGGUGGUGCUGCUGCUGGCCCUAGACUCCGGGGGUGCCCGGGGCUGCCCGGUGCCGAUCCGCAGCUGCAAGUGCUCGGGAGAGAGGCUCAAAACCCUGAGCGGCGGCGCACCCAACCCGGCUCGAAGGAGAGUGAUGUGCAUUGGCGGGGACCUCCCAGAGCCGCCGGAGCCUGGCCUCCUGCCCAAUGACACCGUUAUCCUGCUCCUAAGCAAUAACAAGCUCACCGGGCUCCGGAACGGCUCUUUCUCUGGACUUCACAUGUUGGAGAAACUGGACCUGAAGAACAAUCUCAUCAGUACAGUGCAUCCUGGUGCCUUCCUGGGACUGGGAGAGUUGAAGCGCUUAGAUCUCUCCAACAACCGAAUUGGCUGUCUUUCUUCUGGAGCUUUCCAGGGCCUUAACAACCUGAACCGCUUAAACAUGUCUGGGAACAUCUUCUCUAGCCUAUCAGCUGGGGUGUUCGAUGAGCUUCCAGCCUUGAAAGUUGUGGACUUUGGCACAGAAUUCCUGACCUGUGACUGCCACCUCCGCUGGAUACUGCCAUGGGCCCGUAACCAUUCUGUACAACUGUUUGAGCGGACACUCUGUGCCUAUCCCAGCUCCCUCCAUGCCCAGGCCCUUCGAAGUCUCCAAGAUACCCAGCUCCAUUGUGCGGGUGCCCUGGAGCUGCACACUCACCACCUGAUUCCCUCGCUGCGCCAAGUGGUGUUCCAAGGUGAUCGGCUUCCCUUCCAGUGUACCGCCAGUUACCUGGGCACUAGUACCCGCAUCCGCUGGUACCAUAACCGGGUACCUGUGGAGGGGGAUGAGGAAGCAGGCGUUAUCCUAGAGGAGAGCCUGGUCCACGACUGUACCUUCAUCACCAGCGAAUUAAUUCUGUCUCACAUUCAUGUGUGGGCAUCUGGUGAAUGGGAGUGCUCCGUCUCUACUGCCCAAGGCAACGCCAGCAAAAGGGUGGAGAUCGUCGUGUUGGAGACUUCAGCCUCCUACUGCCCCGCUGAGAGAGUCGCCAACAACCGGGGAGACUUCAGGUGGCCCCGAACGCUGGGAGGGAUCACAGCCUAUCAGUCCUGCCUUCAGUACCCCUUCACUUCAGUGCCCCUCAGCGGGGGCACUCCGGGCACCAGAGCCUCCCGACGCUGUGACCGAAGCGGGCGAUGGGAGCCAGGGGACUAUUCCCACUGCCUCUACACCAACGAUAUCACCCGUGUGCUCUAUACCUUCGUGCUGAUGCCCAUAAAUGCUUCCAACGCCCUGACCUUGGCACACCAGCUGCGGGUCUACACAGCCGAGGCAGCGGGCUUCACAGACAUGAUGGAUGUGGUCUACGUGGCACAGAUGAUCCAGAAAUUUCUGGGCUACGUUGACCAGAUUAAGGAGCUGGUGGAGGUGAUGGUGGACAUGGCCAGUAACCUAAUGCUUGUGGAUGAACACCUGCUCUGGCUGGCCCAGCGGGAGGACAAGGCCUGCAGCGGGAUCAUCGGGGCCCUGGAACGCAUCGGAGGGGUCGCCCUCAGCCCCCACGCCCAGCACAUCUCUGUGAAUUCAAGGAACGUGGUGCUGGAGGCCCACCUCAUCAAACCCCACAGCUACGUGGGCCUCAGCUGUACAGCGUACCAGAAGCGGGAGCCGGCGGUCUCAGGGCCUCGGCCAGGGCCCCCUGGACUAGACCCCCAGCCUGAGCAGGAGACCCUCGCUGAUCAACAACUCCGUUUCCGCUGUACCACUGGGCGGCCCAAUAUCUCCCUGUCCACUUUCCAUAUCAAGAACAGUGUGGCCCUGGCUUCCAUCCAGCUUCCCCCCAGCCUGUUCUCAUCCCCUCCGGCUGCACUGGCCCCCCCAAUACCCCCGGACUGCACCCUGCAAUUGCUCGUCUUCCGUAAUGGUCGCCUUUUCCGUAGCCAUGGCAACACCUCCCGGCCUGGAACCACAGGGCCCAGCAAGAGGCGUGGAGUGGCCACUCCUGUGAUCUUUGCCGGAACCAGUGGCUGUGGUGUUGGGAAUCUCACAGAGCCGGUGGCUGUCUCCCUAAGGCACUGGGCUGAAGGGGUGGAUCCUGUAGCAGCUUCAUGGAGCAUGGAAGGGCCUGGAGGUCCAGGAGGCUGGACUUCUGAGGGCUGCCAGCUCCACUCCAGCCAGUCCAAUGUCAGCUCCCUGUACUGCCAGCACCUUGGCAACAUUGCAGUGCUUAUGGAGCUGAGCACUUUCCCCCGGGAAGCAGGAGGCCCAGGUGCAGUUCUGCAUCCCGUUGUAUACCCCUGCACUGCCCUGCUGCUCCUUUGCCUCUUUUCUACCAUCAUCACCUACAUCCUCAAUCACAGCUCCAUCCAUGUCUCGAGAAAGGGCUGGCACAUGCUGCUGAACCUGUGCUUCCACAUGGCCAUGACUUCGGCCGUCUUUGCAGGCGGCAUCACCCUCACCAACUACCUAAUUGUCUGUCAGGCGGUGGGCAUCACCCUGCACUACUCAUCGCUGUCCACGCUGCUCUGGAUGGGGGUGAAAGCUCGCGUUCUCUACAAGGAGCUGACCUGGAGGGCCCCACCGCCUCAGGAAGGGGAGCCAGCCCCGCCCACUCCCCGGCCAAUGCUCCGGUUCUAUCUUAUUGCUGGAGGCAUCCCUCUCAUCAUCUGUGGUAUCACUGCGGCUGUCAACAUCCAUAAUUACCGGGAUCAUAAUCCCUACUGUUGGCUGGUGUGGCGCCCUAGCCUGGGAGCUUUCUACGUGCCCGUGGCGCUGAUCCUGCUGAUCACCUGGAUCUACUUUCUAUGUGCAGGGCUGAGCUUACGGGGCCCCCAGGCGCAGGGCCCCAAAGGGAGCCACAGCAGAGCCUCCCUGGAGCCGGGGGAGGACCUCCGGGGUCCGGCCAGGCUCCAAGGCAGCGGCCCCCUCCUGAGUGACUCGGGUUCCCUCUUGUCUGCUUCGGGCGGAGGAGUGAUUUCCGCGGGACAUCCGGGGGAUGGGGAUGGCAUUUAUUCCCCCGGGGCCCAGCUUGGGGCGCUGGUGACCACUCACUUCUUGUACCUGGCACUGUGGGCCUGUGGGGCCCUGGCAGUAUCCCAGCAGUGGCUGCCCAGCGUGGUGUGCAGCUGUUUGUAUGGGGUGGUAGCUGUGGCCCUGGGGCUCUUCGUCUUCUCCCACCACUGUGUCAGAAGGAGGGACGUCCGGGCCUCCUGGCAGGCCUGCUGCCCCUCGUCCCCUCCUUCCACUCGCCCCCUGCCCAGGCCCCUGUCCACCAUCCUAGAGGACGGCUCUCCAGUCUUUGCCGAGGGGCACUCCUCCCUUAAAUCUUCCCCCAGUGGCAGCAGCAGUCACGCCCAACAUUCGAGUCCCUGCAAGCUGACCAACCUGCAGCUAGCCCAGAGCCAGGCCUGCGAUGCGGGUGUGGGAGCCCUCGCGGAAGAGCCGGACGCCGGGGGCCCUCGGGGGCCUGCUCCCCGCCACCCCAACAACGUGCAUCACGCCCGUCGGGGGCACAAGAGCCGGCCUAAGGGGCAUCGUGCCGGGGACGCGGGAGGCAAGCACCGCCUGAAGGCGCUUCGGGGUGGAUCGGCGGCGGCUCUGACCGGGCCGUCCGAGUUGCAGUCCAGCGAGAGCGGCAGCCUGCACAACAGCCCAUCCGACAGCUACCCGGGCAGCAGCCGCAACAGUCCCGGCGCCGGGCCGGGCCCGGACCCGCGGGAAGCAGAGCCCACGCUCAGCCCCUCCGAGGGCAGCGACACCAGUGGGGCCCCGGGGCCCGAGGCCGGACGCGCGGCCCAGCGGCGUUGUGCCAGCCGGGACAACCUCAAGGGCGGCGGGGGGCUGCUGGAGGAGAGCAAGCGUCGCUCCUACCCGCUCAACACCGCUAGCCAGAACGGAGCCUUGAAGGCCGGGAAAUACGACAUCAACCUAGGGAGCACAGAGACUGGUGCUGGUGGCUGCAUGAAGACGGGCCUCUGGAAAAGCGAGACCACCGUGUAGCUCGAAGGGCUUGUGGGAGCAGUAGGGAACACGCACUCACUCACGCACCCUGAUCACGGAGGGCCAAGCUGGGGAGCUCUGGCUGUACCUCAUAAGGUUCCCCACAUUGGUGGCAGCCCAAGGCAGCACCUCUCCUCGACAGUAAGGCAGAUGCCAGUCCACGAACACUAUUCCUCAACUUUCCUAGAGGAGGGGCAACUUCCUGAGGGGAGAUUUUCCAAAGGAUGACAAUCUUUGGGGCACACAAUAGCCUGGUGCUUCCCUUCUACCCCACCCCCCACCCUCCUUAAGUGUGUCUGUCCAGGAUCCUUGAUUCCGUCCAGCAAGGCCACCUAGUCCAGGGAGCAACUCUCCCCACAGAAAAAGGGCAGCUUGUGGGGGCCCAGGAAGGUUCCACUGUCUCACUCACGUGUCAAUUGAUCAGAAGAGCAUCUGGGGGAGUUUUUCUGCCACCUCAGUUUUCUUGAAAGGUCUAAAGCCUCGUUUUUAGAACCAGGCCCCAUGGGUUAAUCAGAGGAGGCUGCUGCUUUGAAAGGCAACUAUGCAAAGGCAAGGAGGGUGAUCUUCAGAAGGGAAACUGGGAAAUGGGCAAGAAAGCUGAGAUUUGUUCAGAUAGAACCAAAGAGUAGGGUGUUACCUUUGACCUAAAGUGCCUAAUUCAAGCUUAAUAUUUCAUUACAAAACUGGGGUCAAAGAUAAACUAUCCCUAGACUUGAAAAGUUGAUCGUGUCAGGGGCUUUGAAGGCAAGAAGAACCAAAGCUAAGGAACAGGAACUGCUAUUUUAGUUCCCAGAGUAGCCAUGGAGGAGCCAUGCUGGGGCUUCAGUGUUGGAAACACUUUUUGAAGCCCAGUUCUCUCUCAGGCUUUGGCCCUGGAGGGCCUGAGAGAAAAUGAAUUUCCUCUUCCUGAAUAAGAGCAUAUAACAGAGCUCCAGGGAGUCCUCUCAGACCCCAGCUCUGUGGCCAUAAAGUGCCUCUCAGGUCAAGCCAGCUUCCUGUUCUCACUGGGACCUCUGCAAGGCAGUAGCUGAAGCGUCUGGUGGAGAUCUUCCCCCACUCAUGCUGCAUAGUUCAGUUUUGCCUUCAUUUUCUAUCCCCUCAUUUCCCCACCCCCACCCCUGGGCCUUAAGCUGUCUCCUAAAGAAACUGCCCACAGUGCCUUUUGGAGAGAGGGAGAGGGUGAGAGACCUAAGAAGCAGAGAUCAACUCUGUUCAUGCUUCUCUGUUCUUGUCCUUAUAUGUCACCCAAAGUCCAUAAGGAGGGCAUAGGGGAGAGGGAGAUCCCAUUCUUUAGGGGUGGGUUCUGUUAUUUACGCUUGCUGCACAGAGACUAUAUUAGAGAAAGAAAGAAAAAAAGCUUUGUAUUAUUCUUCCACAUAUUCUGGCUGCUGUUUACAUACCCUGCCAAUGCCUUAGCACUGGAGAGCUUUUGCAAUAUGCUGGGGAAAAGGGACUUGAGGGGAGGGAAUGAAAAGUGCCAAAGAAAACUUGUUUUUUAAAAACUCGGGUUUUAUACGAUAGAAUGUUUUCUAGCAGAUGCCUCUUGUUUUAAUAUAUUAAAGAUUUGCAAAGUCCCAUGA